AUGGAAGCUGAUGCAAUAAGCAUUUUGAGAUCAAUUACACCAUCUCUUGACAAUUCCAGGCAUAAAGGCCAAGCUGGGAAGAUAGCCGUUGUAGGUGGUUGCCGAGAAUACACUGGUGCACCAUACUUCUCUGCUAUAUCCGCAUUAAAAAUUGGAGCUGACUUGUCACAUGUAUUCUGUACAAAAGAUGCUGCUGUGGUUAUUAAGAGCUAUAGUCCUGAGUUAAUUGUGCACCCUAUCCUGGAAGAAUCAUACAGCGUUAGGGACGAGGAUAAGAGAUCAAUAUCAGCAAAUAUCGUUGAAGAGGUUGAUAAGUGGAUGGAAAGAUUUGAUUGCUUAGUAAUUGGUCCUGGUCUUGGAAGAGACCCUUUUCUCCUGGACUGUGUCAGCAAUAUAAUGAAGCACGCUAAGCAAUCAAAUGUCCCCAUGGUUAUUGAUGGGGAUGGACUUUUUCUCGUUACAAAUUCCCUUGAAUUGGUUAGUGGCUAUCCCUUCGCUGUCCUGACCCCCAACGUGAAUGAGUAUAAGCGCCUUGUUCAAAGUGUUUUACAGUGUGAAGUAAAUGAUCAAGAUGGAACUCAGCAAUUACUUUCUCUAGCCAAAGGAAUAGGAGGUGUGACCAUUUUAAGGAAAGGAGCAUCGGACUUCAUCUGUAAUGGUGAAACAGUUAGUGCAGUGAGUGCUUUUGGUUCCCCUAGGCGAUGCGGCGGCCAGGGUGACAUACUUUCUGGAAGUGUUGCUGUAUUCAUUUCUUGGGCCCGUCAAAAUGCUGCCAAAGAGGCAUUGAGGAUGAGCCCUACAGUUUUAGGGUGCAUUGCUGGCUCCUUUCUGUUAAGGAAGGCAGCUUCACGCGCAUUCGAGAGUAAAGGGAGAUCUACACUUACCACUGAUAUAAUCGAACACUUGGGGAGAAGUUUGGAGGAAUACUGUCCAGUCAGAUGGAGGUUGGAUUAG